AUGUCCUAACCGACUUUCCAAAACUAUAGUUUGUUAACAAGACAUUUCUGGAGUGGUUGGAAAACAAGUUUUAAUGACUCCAACCUAAGUGUAUGCAAACUUCUGACUUCAACUGUACAUUUUAUGUAUGGUCCUGGGAAUCAAGCCCACUACCCUAGCAUUACAAGUGCCCUGCUCUACCAACUGAGCUACAGAGAAAGUUGUAUUAUUUUGCUAAUUUGGUGUUCUGUGUACUGUAAUAGUCAACUCAGUCAAAAAUAUUUGGGCUGCAUUAUCUUUUCUCCUGUUUUAUUUUUUGCCAACCUUGAGUGGAUGCCUUGUGAUGCAUUGUACUUGUGUGAUGAUGUCUAGACUAAACAAAAGGGAUUUUACUGUUGUGGUGCUGUGAGAAAAUGUGUUUCACUCAAGAUAUUGUUCAGUCCUCAUGGGCUUCCAUGGGCAUUGCUAGCAGUGCACUGUACAUUUCUUAUCAUGUCUGAAGAUUCAUUAAUUGAAAUGUUCUCUAUGCUAUAGUGUCAACAUUUAACUUUUCAACUAUGAAUGGCCCUGUAGACUCCUCAGUCCUCAUUGACAAGUGUACAACUUGAAUAAAUACAUAUAUUUAAAUAAAGAAAUCAUAUUUAACAGGAUUCCAGACUGUUUAAUUUAUUUCAGCUAAGCAAUAACAUAAAGGAAGUGAACAUUGUGUCGCGCGUCAACCUGCCUACAUAUUACAAAGAAGGUGUGGCCAAAUAUAUUGUUUACGUUUCUGUAGCCAACUCGAUUAGCCAGGAGGGCUGACGUGCGAUCCACGUACCUAAAGGGGCUACUUGAUAGAAUGUGGUUAGUGAAUUGUCUUUUUUACCAAACGUCCAUCUUCGAAAACAACUGUGUACAGUGUAGCUGCUGCUGUUCAUCAGUCAAUUCGUCCACAUCCAGUGUCAGCGUACAGUGACAAAAUGCAAGGCAGGUGGGAACCCAUGAUGCUGAAAUGUGAUGUUUGACCUCCAAAUUCUCUUGGGAUGAAUAAGAAAACAACCCCAUGGAACCCUCCAGUAGCUUCCACUAUGUCGUCAGCAGUGGAGGCCAGUAUGUACAACAGUAUCCAGGCCAUCCUCAGACAGGCUGCCUCCUCAUGCAACAAAGGUAUGCUGAGGUGGACUCUUCAUAAGAAGGUGGAGACCCAUCCAUCUAACAGUGUCUCACUGGUCAGGGUUCUGGUCAAAGAGCUAGAGAAGGUGGAGAGGCUUGACUAUAAGAUGCAUGUCAUUCCAUUGCUUCACACUCUCAACUACGUUAUUAUUCAGCAGCAGUCUAGCCACAUUCCAUGUAAGCUGUUUCAGAGAGUGUAUGAGUGCUUCAAAAGGCUCCUAACACUUCCAGAGCCCUACUGUACUAUCGCACUGAGAUACGUGAGAGGCAUAAAGAUGGAGCAGAUCACACCAGGAGCUUUGUAUCAGAGAAGGGUGAUUGCUGAGCAGAGCCUAAGGAACAAACAUUUCCCCCAGCAGGAAAGGGUAUUUGUGUUUGCAGACCCGGCUGUGUUCUCAGGGUCCCUGUGGCAGGCGGUGAGGGCAGACCUGGUGCUGGCCGGCCACCAAAGUGACACACUGGCAAGACUGGUGCUACUGCACACUCUGCAGGCUGGACUGGGGAAGGCCUGUCAUGGUCCCAUACUGACUCAAGCUCUGGAGGAUCUAGGAGAAGAUGUGGAAAAGUACUUCCAGGAGGUGGUGUUAGCUGUAGAGCAGAGUAUAGAGAACGGCGAGGCAGGCCGUGACCAGCACAAAACCAGGCUACAGCACAUCUACAGUGACAUCCUGACCUCUGCUAACCAAGACCCAAAGGCCCGUGGCUCUCUUUCUAACACUCCAUUGCCCUCGCCAGAGAUUCACUUCCACCUGUGGACAAACGAAGAGGAGCUGUGGAAUGAGCUGGUGAACUUCACCCUAAACGUUUCCACCUCUGAGCGGAACUCUAUGUACCAGGAGGAGGAAGAGGAGGAUGUUUCUAAGAGGGUUUCCCUCCUGUCUGUUGAUAGUGGAAUAGAGAAGGACCUGUCUGACAUGGAGGAGCGGGAACAGAGGAAUCCAUUCACCCGGUCACGGUCACCGUGUUUCAGAGGGAGAAUGAAGCCAGAAGACAAAAUGGCUCUGGUACAGGAAAACAUCAAGGGGCCCGCCUGUAGCACCCCUCUCCCUAAAGAGGAGGGGAACCUUACUGCACGCAUAGUGAUGAUGGGAGAUGACAGGGUGCUGGGGAGACUGGCCAAGGCGUAUCACUCCAUCAGAAAAAGGGAGGCAAAACAUCUCAUCUUGACCAAGAGAGUGAACCUACAGAUAUACUACAUCCCUGUCACUGAUGAGCCUAUCGUCAAUUCACCUGAAAGCACAUCACAAGUUGGAGACAGGUUGUCUCUAGCCUCGUUCUUAGGAAGGGUCGAUCCCUGGUACGAAAGCAACAUCAACAGUUUGGGAGCCAUGAUUCCAAAGCUGGCAGGAACGCAGUCCAGUCACAGCAGGUCAUCAGAACCCAACCACUUCCUUGUGGACGUCCUCUCCUACUACCUUCGCUGUGGCAUACAGCCUGUCCACUUCACACUCUACUCUGUCAAGAUCUCUGUCUCUGGCCAGACUGGCAGCCCUGUGAACGAGGUGUUUGUGUCCCACCUGGAUGCUGAGUUCCCGGAGUUCAAAACACUCAGAGAAAAUCUAAAACAAGAGAGAUCUAGUCUGCGACGAACAAGGAAGACACAUGGAACCUGUGGAGCGGUGGUUUCUAUGAAUUACACUAAGGUCUCCUUGAGCAAACAAGAGGUUGUCCAGGGAAUGUCAGUCAUGACAUGUGGAGUGGGCAUCAGUGCAAUAUCACCCAAUGAAACAGAAGGUCUUGAUUCCCUAACUGUCCAUUUUGACAGUACAAAUCCAAGAUGCUGCACGGAGAUCAGAACCCAAAACAUUAAAAUCAGAAUCCUGGAGGAUAAGACCUUCACUGUCUGUCUGGACAAAGACUGUCGCAGGAAAUACACACAUGUGCAAAGCAUUGAGAUCUCUCCAUGUUUGGAUCCAGGCUAUUGCCUCCAGACAAGUUCCAAGUUCAGUGUGGGAGAGGAGAGGGAGGCGGGGCUGAGCAAAUACAUGUGCAAGAUCCUGCCUCUGCCAAUCAACACCUUCACUGGCAUCAACCACUGAGGGGAUUUGAUUAUUAAGCCCGGGCUCUGUCCCAGGCGUGAGCCAGGUGCUCCGCUCUGGCCAACGGCGAAGUAAGCUCAAAACAAAAGUGACAUCGGUUAUGCCCGUGGAGUAAUGAGUAGGAUUCUGUGUUUUGACAUGCGAAAGGGAUUUAUUUUGAUUAAAAAAGUGUUUUAUCUGCCUUCCCAAUGAAAUCUAGUUUGAAAAUUCUAUCAUAUAUUUUAUGAAAAGAGCUGUAUGUAUUUUUUUAAAUAUUUUUAUUAUGAUCCCCAUUAGCUGUUGCAAAAGCAGCAGCUACUUUUCCUGGGUUCCACUCAAAACAUGAAACAUGACAUAAUACAGAAUAUUAAUAGACAAGAACAGCUCAAGCACAGAACUACAUAAAAAAAACUUUUUGGAAUACACACGUAGCCUACAUAUCAGUACAUACACGCAAACUAUCUAGGUGAAAUAGGGGGGAGGUGUUGUGCCGUGAGGGGUUACUUUAUCUGUUUUUUUUAAACCAGGUUUGCUGUAUAUUUGAGCGGUCUCUCCUUUAUAUCAGCCCUCUGUGUCACGCCUGCUCCCACUCUUACCUCCUGGCACUCGAAGGUGCCAGGCUCUCCAGCAAAGCACACUCCUGCCAUCAUCAUUACACACACCUGCCUUUCCCCCGUCACGCGCGUCAGAGAUUUUUGGAUUCACCUGGACUCAAUCACCUCUGUCAUUACCUUCCCUAUAUUUGUCUGGUUCCCCGCUCUGUUCCCUGCUUCUGCAUUAAUUGUUGUUUGUCUGUGUUUACCCGUGUGCUGACACUGUUCCUGAUUAAAUGUUUGACUCCCCGUACCUGCUUCUCAUCUCCAGCAUUGGUCAUUACACUGAUAAGCAAGACGUGCCGCUCUGUUCUGGGCCAUGUGUUUUGACCAUGACAGUUGACAAUCUAAGAUAACGCAAAGUAAUUUAGUCUCCUCAACUUGUUCAAAAGCCACACCAUUCAUUACCAGAGGUUUAGAACUUAGGGAAUGAUUUGUACCAAAUACAAUGCUCUUAGUUUUAAACAUGUUCACUACCAGUUUAUUACUGACCACCCAACAGACUGCAACUCUUUGUUUAGGGUUUCAGUGACUUCAUUAGCUGUGGUUGCUGAUGUGUAUAUGGUUGAAUCAUCAGCAUGGACACACAUGCUUUGCUUAAUGCCA